GGGGAAGUGACGCCAGCGGAGAAAAUGGCGUCCGCGGAGCCUGUAUGCUACUGCCACUGCUGCUGUGGCUGGUUAGCGGUGUGAUUCGUAGCCCGAAUGCGGGGCGGUCUCUCCGUCUGGCAGGUGGACGACAGUGGUGUGGCAGUGCACCGCUGCUGCACGCUUUCCUGAUUCCGGUAUCGAACCCGAAACUUCAUGUCCGAAGGCGCCAGAGCUGCCUGGUCGAAGAGGGGUUGUGGGGAUUCGCACCGCCGAGAACCAGGGAAACAUAAACACAGGAAAUGCGAGCGGCCUCUUAGCACUCAGCCGUCAAAGCCUGUGAUUGUUGGCCCGGGCUCCAAAAGGUGUGUUAUGUCGGGGGCGGAUGUGGAGGUGUACCUAUCCCAGGUGCAUGAUGGGAGCGUGUCGUCGGGCUUCCGGGCGCUGUACGAGGAGCGUCUGCUGCUGGACGUCACGCUGUUGAUAGAGGAGCACCACUUCCAGGCCCACAAGGCGCUCCUGGCGACCCAGAGCGACUACUUCCGGGUCAUGUUCACCGCAGACAUGAGGGAGAGGGACCAGGACAAGAUCCACAUGAAGGGGCUGACGGCCGCUGGGUUCGGCCACAUCCUCCGCUUCAUGUACUACGGUUCUCUGGAGCUCAGCAUGCCCACGGUCCAAGAAAUCCUGCAGGCGGCCAUGUAUGUGCAGCUGACGGAGGUGGUGGAGUUCUGCUGCUCCUUCCUGCUGGCAAAGAUCUGCCUGGAGAACUGUGCCGAGGUCAUGCGCCUUCUGGAGGACUUCAGUGUGGGCGUGGAGGGCGUCCAGGAGCAGCUCGACAACUUCCUACUCGACAACUUUGUCCCGCUCAUGAGCCGCCCCGACUUCCUGUCCUACCUCAGCCUUGAGAGACUGCAGGCGUACCUGAACAGCGACGCCCUGAGUCGUUUCCCGGAGAUCGAGUUGUAUGAGUCUGUUCAGUCAUGGCUGCGUCACGACCGGCGGCGCUGGAGGCACACGGACACCAUCGUGCAGUCCAUCCGCUUCUGUCUCAUGACGCCCGCCAACAUCUUUGAGAAGGUGAAGACGUCGGAGUUUUACCGUUACUCUCGACAGCUGAGGCAGGAGGUGGACCAGGCGCUCAGCUACUUCCACGACGUAAACCAGCAACCUCUGGUGGAGACUCACUCCAACCGCAUCCGCUCCGUGCGCCCGCAGACCGCCGUCUUCAGAGGAAUGAUCGGCCACAGUAUGGUCAACAGCAAGAUCCUGCUGCUGCAGCGACCAAAGGUAUGGUGGGAGCUGGAGGGGCCUCAGGUGCCGCUGCGGCCCGACUGUCUGGCCAUCGUCAACAACUUUGCCUUCCUGUUGGGCGGAGAAGAGCUGGGGCCUGACGGCGAGUUUCAUGCGUCCUCCAAAGUCUACCGCUACGACCCGCGGCAGAACUCAUGGCUGCGCAUGGCCGACAUGUUGGUGCCCAGGUCUGAGUUUGCCGUCGGCGUCAUUGGUAAGUUUAUUUACGCCGUGGCGGGACGCACACGGGAUGAGACCUUCUGCUCCACGGAGCGCUACGACAUCACAGAGGACCGCUGGGAGUUUGUGGACCCGUACCCCGUCAACAAGUACGGACACGAGGGGACGGUGCUCAACGGUAAACUGUACAUCACUGGCGGCAUCACGUCCUCCUCCACGUCCAAACAGGUGUGUGUGUUUGAUCCCGGGCGGGAGGCAGGAGGUGGGGGUGGAGGAGGGGGGAGCGCGGGUGGCUCGGACGCUCACAGGACCCGCGCUGGCCGCGGCCCACUGCUACCCGGCACUCACGCCAGCUGCUGGGAGAACAAAUCCAAAAUGAACUACGCGCGCUGCUUCCACAAGAUGAUCUCCCACAACGGGAAGCUGUACGUGUUCGGGGGAGUGUGCGUGAUCCUGCGCGCGUCCUUCGAGUCGCAGGGCUGCCCGUCCACCGAGGUCUACGACCCCGACACGGACGAGUGGACCAUCCUCGCCUCCAUGCCCAUCGGCCGCAGCGGCCACGGCGUGGCAGUGUUGGACCGUCAGAUCAUGGUGCUGGGCGGCCUUUGUUACAACGGCCACUACAGUGACUCCAUCCUCACCUUCGACCCCGACGAAAACAAGUGGAAGGAGGACGAGUAUCCCAGAAUGCCUUGCAAACUGGACGGCCUGCAGGUGUGCAGCCUGCACUUCCCAGAGUACGUGCUGGAGCACGUGAGACGCUGCAGCUGAGGUCCGCUCACAUCACGCUUCCCUUUUUAUAAGAACAUGAGACACUUACGCCACCUGCUGGGAGGCAGGGGUUUUACAGGUCACAGACUUUGAAAAGAAAAAAAGAAGGCAGAGACGGGCACUUACGAACAGUGUCUGCUCGUGUUAGCGGAGGAAGCGCGUCGGCGUUUUCACAAUUAGCGUUUUCUCAGAAAAUAACAUAAAAAAAAGCGGGUGGGUAGAAUAAAGGUUUACGUUGGGACUGUGGUUAGUUUCCUGUUCUACUGCUCACCUGCUGUAUCUAAGCUCCAGAGUCACUGCAGAAACGCACUGGAAGCGUCAGAUUCAUUCAUUCAUUGAGGAAAUCCUGCGCUCGUAUGUCUCGCUCUUUACAUCUGAUGUUCACAGCAGCUGCGAAAGUGACUUCAGUUUUCUGAUCCGCCUCCUUUUAAUCUGUACAAUACGUGUGUUCAAACGUGAAGAGAUUACAUUCUCACACACAUUAUUUAACUCAUAAUCGAUGAAGACGUUUUCUGAUUUUCCAGCUUCAAUGUGAAUAUUUAUGGUUUUCUUUGCUCCACAGAACAAAAAAUCAUUCCAGGUUUAUUUAGACUUUAUGGGCCAAACAACUCCGCCAUUCUUGGAGACAAUAAUAAACCGGUGAAUCAGA